AUGUCUUAUAAAGACGUUCUUCCUUCUAUCGCAAAAUACGAGUUUAAGGGAAUACAGGAUUGUCUCCAGAUAUUAGAUCAGAAACAAGAGCAAUACGAAAAGAACAUGGAUUCAUUCCCAUAUGUUUUUUUCACUAUUGACGAGCGUGCCUUCCUUGAUUGUUUUGAGAAUUCCGAAGAGAGAGAGCUUCGAAAAUCAUGGGAGUUCUACGAUCCUUCUAUUAAACUUCUUCUCGUUAAAAUAAUGGAGUCUGGACCACAUGCAACAGCAACUGCUGCUUUCACCCAAAUAUUCCUUACGUGGAGAGGACCCUUUGAUCCAAAUCGUCCCCUCGUUAGUACAGCUACGAAUAUCUUCAGAGGUAGCUUGAACAAGAAGAAGAAAGCAGACUGCUCCUGGACGCCGGCCCAUCCAGGGCUUAAUCGAAAAUGGCCGACCAUCGCAGUUGAAGUCGCGUGGUCAGAGCCCGGGUGGAAGCUGAUACAAGAUGUGGAGUUCUGGUUAAACCAGUGUCAUGGGCAGGUGAACAUUGUGCUCACUAUCAAUAUAUGUGAGCGCGGAAGGAUUUUAAUUCGGCAAUGGAGGAGUGGUGCCCGGGGUCCAGUCCAGGUUCAGAAAAUUGAAAUAACGAAAGACCCAGCACCCAAGACCGAAAAGAUCCAAGGCAGUAUGAAACUGCCAUUUGAACAAAUCCACCUGAGGCCUAAAGGGCCAAACGAAACUGACUUUAUCAUAAGUCAUCAGGACAUGGAGAAUCUGGCGGCUGAAGUCUGGGCGUCCCAACGGCUUGACGAAUCAACCUAG